AGAUAAAUAAGUAAAAUGAUUUACAAUUGUAUUGGUAAAUGAUCUUGAGUGUAAAAACCUUUCAACAUUUACUUGAAUAUUUUCUCAGUUCCCAUUGCUAUUAAGUCUUGAAUCAUUAAAACCAGAAAAUUCAAUGGACCUUAGAUUGUGUUUAUUUUGUCUGUUUUGCAUUUUAUUGUUUCAUAUUUCAACUUGUUCCGAUGAUCCAGAUUUGAAUCGAUCCGCUGUUGAACUAAUUGAAUCUAGAGGUUUUAUCGCUCAAGUUCAUACAGUAACCACCGAAGACAAUUACCAGUUAACAGUACACCGAAUAGUAAAUCCUUUAUGUUCAAAGGGAGAACCAGUUCUAUUGCAGCAUGGUUUACUUUCAUCAUCAGUCGAUUUUUUGAUAAACUCACCUGGAGGUUGUCUAAAAGAUUUCACUGACUACAAUAAUCAUCAUUUCAAUCCAUAUAAGUAUCGAUCAUUUGUACGUCAACAAUUCAACACAUCAGUUGGAAACAAUUUAGGUUUUGUUUUAUCCUCACUUUGCUAUGAUGUUUGGCUGUCCAAUUCAAGAGGAAAUGUCUAUUCAAUGGAUCAUUUACAUUUAUCGUCCAAUGAUGAAAAUUUCUGGAAAUUUUCAUUUGAUGAAAUGUCUAAAUAUGAUUUACCUGCUUUUAUCAAUUACAUAUUGAAGACAACCGGUUACAAGAAAUUGAGUUACAUUGGAUUCUCUCAAGGAACCACCCAAAUGUUUGGUCUUUUAUCAACCAAUACCUCAUAUUCAUCGAUAAUUAAACCAUUCAUUGCUCUUGCUCCGGUAACUACAAUUUCUUACACCAAAUCAGCCUUGGUUCGAGUUGCAUCUGAUACGCCGAUGUUGAAAGACUAUUUGAGAUCUAAAGGUGGUCCUUUUGUUAUUUCCGAUUCUACAUUUCAAUUCAUAGCAAGAACUUUCUGCCAUUCUAAGAUUGACUUGGUUUGUCUCAAUAUCAUCUUUUUAAUUACCGGCUACGAUGUUCGAGAAAUGAAUCAAACUAGAUUGCAGGUUUACUUUAAACACACACCAGCAGGAACAUCUAAUUGGGCCAUUGCUCAUUACCUACAAAUGGUUAAGUCAGGAAGAUUUUGUAAAAUGGAUUUCGGUAAAGAGGGUAAUUUAGCUCGAUAUGGUCAGACAUUUCCACCAGAUUAUCCUAUUGACAUGAUAGACUCUCAGGAUAUCGCAUUAUUUUAUGGACUUGGAGAUUGGCUGGCUGAUCGGAAAGAUGUUGAAUUACUGAAAAGUAGACUCAAAGUACCACUUAAGGACGAUUAUGCUAUUCCUGUCGAUAAUUGGAAUCACAUUGACUUUAUUUACGCCAAAGACUUGGGAAAAUAUGUAAACACUCGCAUCGUUAAUAUACUCAAUGAGUACUGGCUGCGAUAAUUUCCCUAUUGGAAAAGUUUUGAAUUACUUAUUAGCUCCAUUUUCAUCUGCUUUCAAUUGAUUUGUAUUAAUCUAUUGAUUUAAAGUCUACUAUAAACCACCGUCUUGAAGCUUCAUGUGAUUAAUGGGACGAUUAGCGGCUCCAAUUAAAAGUAACCUUUCCUCAUGGCCAGUGGCAAGGUUAUCAAAUUGAACUGAAAAUUCGGUCCAGAAGAUUUUAUGCUAAAAACUUGAAGAUAUGAGGUUGAUCUUUCCAGUAGCUUUUGGUUUUCUUCAAUGACUCACGAUGGCUUCCAUCAUGCUCAUCAUAUCAUUAAAGUUAGAAAUUUAGAUUAAUUUUU